AUGGCCGACUCCCCGUGGCCACAGUGCCAUAUUCGAGUCGAAGACACGUUUGGCCCGCAGGUCGCAGGAUGCUACGAGGACUUCGACUUCACCCUGCUCUUCGAAGAGAGCAUCCUCUACCUCCCACCGUUAUUGAUCGCUGCGGCUGUCGCGUCACUGCGACUCUGGCAGCUGCGGUCUACAGAGAACCUGCUCAAGCGCUCGGGGCUCCUUUCGAUCCUCAAACCACUAUGCUGGACCGUCUUCGUUCUCCUCAACCUAGCACACCUGGUCCUCUCCUCAACCCUCAAGACCUCCGCAACGCGACUCUCCAACGCCGCAAUCGCCCUCGGACUCGCCGCCUCGCCCAUCUUCGCAUGGCUCUCGUUCUGGGAGCACGCGCGCUCCCUGCGCCCGUCGACAAUCCUAACCGUAUACCUCCUCGGAACGAUCCCCAUGGACGCCGCGCGCGCGCGGACCCUCUUCCGAAUGCCCGGGAAUUCGGCGAUCGCGAGCAUCUUCACCACGACCGUGGUGUGCAAGGUCGUUCUGUUAGUCUUGGAGGCGAAGGAGAAAAGGCGCCUGCUUCUGGAUCAUGCCCGCGCACCCGAGGAGACGGCGGGGAUCUUCAACCGCAGCUUUCUGUGGUGGUUUAACCCGCUCCUCCUGUCCGGGUAUAAGCAGGCUCUCACGGUGGACAAGCUGUUAGCGGUGGAUGGGGAUAUCGGGGUGGAGAAGUCGAAGCAUGAGAUUCGGCGGCGGUGGGCUCUGGCGGUUAAGCAGAAUCCUCGCAGUCUACUGAGUGUUCUUCUGGCUGUGUAUAGAAGGGAGCUGUGGGGUGGCUUUCUUCCGCGGUUAUGUUUGACUGGGCUUAAUUAUGCGCAGCCGUUUCUGGUCAAUCGGGUCGUGAGCUUUCUGGGGCAGCCUGAGACCGAGACGAGCGGGGGAAUUGCGUCGGGCUUGAUCGUGGCGUAUGCGAUUGUGUAUAUGGGGAUUGCGCUCAUGACCGCAGCAUUCCAUCACCGCUCAUACCGCAUGGUCAUGAUUGUUCGCGGCGGCCUGAUCCUGCUGAUAUACGACCACACUUUAACCCUAAAUGCGUCGUCCCCGACCAAGAACGACUCGUACACCCUCAUUACUGCGGACGUAGAGCGCAUUGUCUCGGGCCUCCGGAGUCUUCACGAAACGUGGGCCAGCCUCCUUGAGAUCGCGCUUUCCUUAUGGCUGCUGGAGAUGAAGCUCAGGGUGUCGGUGGUCGCUGCCGGCCUGGUGGUCCUCCUAUGUCUACUCGUAAGUGGCGCACUCAGUGGGCUUCUCGGGGUUCACCAGAACCUCUGGCUGCAGGCCAUGCAGAAACGCCUCAAUGCCACCCUGGCCACGAUCGGGUCCAUUAAAGGCAUCAAAGCCACCGGGACAACGAAUACCCUGUAUGAGACGAUCCUCAAGCUGCGAAGCACGGAAAUCCAGCGGUCCCUCAAGUUCAGAGAACUCCUGGUCGCGCUGGUCACACUCUCAUACGUCUCAACCUCCAUGGCACCGACCUUCGCAUUCGGAACAUACAGCAUCCUCGCCAAGCUCCGAAACAUGGCACCGCUUCUCGCGGCACGCACAUUCUCCUCCUUGACGAUCAUGACGCUCCUCGGCCAGGCAGUCGCCGGGUUCGUCGACGCCCUCAUGGGCCUGCGUCAAGCCACGGCCAGUCUCGAGAGAAUCCGACAGUACCUCGCCGGGAAAGAUGCGCCCAAGCGCUCGUCCGGCAAGCACAGAGUCGCCUCAACCGACGGAUUGCUUGCCUGGUCGGCCAGCUUUAACGAACCGGCGCUUGACCCGUGGGUUGAGAUGCGCCGGAUGAGCUCGCUCCAGCACAGAUUCUACAAUCUCGCAGAUUCCCAAGACGACCUGGUUGUCCUGCAAGACCAUACCGCCAGCUGGGAAGCCUCGGAGCCCGUGCUGACGGACAUCAACGUCGCCGUCGCCCGCGGGUCCUUCGUUAUGGUGAUCGGGCCGAUAGGGUCGGGGAAGUCGACCCUGCUUCAUUCGAUGCUCGGAGAGGUCCCGCAUGCAACGGGCAUCGUGGCAAUCCAGGACGUCGAUACGGCGUUCUGUGCCCAGACCCCGUGGCUGACGAAUACGAAUAUCCGGGACAAUAUCGUGGGAGUGUCGCACUAUGAGCCCGGUUGGUAUUCGGCUGUCGUCAAGGCCUGUGCAUUGCACCGUGACUUUGCGCAGCUGCCGCGUGGGGAUCGGUCGAUGAUCGGUAGUAAGGGCAUUUUGCUGAGUGGUGGGCAGAAGGGACGUCUGGCUUUGGCGAGAGCCCUCUAUGCAAAGAAGACUUUGCUCGUCUUGGAUGAUGUCUUUGCGGGUCUUGAUCCAAAGACAGAGCAGGAAGUGUUUACCUCGCUGUUUGGUGCCGGUGGCCUACUGAGACAGGGAAAGACGACUACAGUCCUCGCCACGAAUUCCACGCGAAACCUCUCAUUGGCAGACUACAUCAUGGUCCUAGGCUCCGAAGGUCGCCUAGUUGAACAGGGCACACCUACAGAGCUCCUCAAUGCCGGGACAUCCCUGCGUCUAGAGGAGCUCGUCAAGACUCACGACCGCAGAAGCAAAGCUGAGCCCGAGCGAGAGAGGCCUGAGUCUGUUCUGACGCUGAGGAAUAGCGGACUAGGAAUGACUCCAGUUGCUGGGGGGCGCCGGUUGAGUGACAUGGCUGUCUACAAACUGUAUAUCCGGACGAUUGGCUGGGGCUCAUGGUGGAUUUUCAUUGUCCUGUGCACCGGUUUCGUGCUGGGUUUGACCUUGUCUCAAAUCUGGCUCAAGUUUUGGACGGAAGCAAAUGCUCGCAACCCUCAUGAUCGCCUGGGAUACUAUCUAUCGCUUUACGCCGUUUGGUCUGUCCUGGCGAUCACCUUCUUCCUGGGAGCAUGUCUGCAUCUGAUGCUGAGGAUGGUCCCUAAAGUAGCCAAGAUCUUCCAUGAAUCACUCCUCAAGACGGUCAUGAAGGCACCGCUGGUCUAUUUCUCCAAGACAGACAGCGGCGAAAUCUCCAACCACUUCAGCCAGGACCUCGAGCUCAUCGACAUGGAACUCCCUCGAGCCCUAGUCGGCGCCGUCAUCGCCCUGAUCCAAUGUAUCUCCUCCAUGGCCGUCAUCGUCUACAGCUCUAACUACCUCGCCGCCGCGAUCCCCGGCCUCCUCGCCCUUCUCUACCUCGUGCAGAUGUUCUACCUCCGCACCUCGCAGCAGCUGCGCGUGUUGGAACUGGAAACCAGAGCCCCCCUCCUCUCCCACUUCAUGGAGACGAUCCAAGGCCUCGUCACCCUCCGCGCCUUCGGCUGGGCGAACCACUACAGAGACCGGCACCACAGCCACCUCAAAGUCGCCCAGCAGUCCGCGUAUCUUCUCUUCUGCGCACAGAUCUGGCUGACGCUGACGCUGGAUAUCAUUGUGGCGUUUCUGGCUGUGAUUCUCGUCAGCAUUGCGGCUACCAUGAAGAACUCCUCCGCUGCAUCGAUCGGUCUGGCCCUGGUCAAUCUGAUUUCGUUUGGCGCGAACAUGAAGGGGCUCGUGUAUAACUGGACUGCCCUGGAGAAUGCGAUGGGUGCGAUUGCUCGAGUUCGUCAUUUUACCACUGAGACCCCGCGUGAGGUUCAGGUUGGUGAGCCGCACUCGCCGUCCCCUGGAUGGCCUCAGCGCGGGUUGAUUCAGUUCAAAGGUGUGACGGCUAGUUAUGGCUUUACCUCACCCCCCGUGCUCAACGACGUGACUAUAACGGUCCAGCCUGGCGAGAAGCUUGCCAUUUGCGGCAGGACUGGAUGCGGCAAGAGCUCCCUCGUGAGCUCGAUCCUCCGCCUCCUCGAACUCCGCAGCGGCGCCAUCGAAAUCGACGGCAUCGACAUCUCAACUCUCUCCCGCGAAGACGUGCGCAUGAGCCUCAACACCCUCCCGCAAGAACCAUUCUUCUACCACGGCACAAUCCGCCAGAACCUCGACCUGAAGAGCCUCUCAUCCGACGAGGAGAUCCUGGAAACCCUCGCCGUGUUGGGGCUCCGAGACAUCAUCUUGAAAAAGGGCGGGUUGGACGUGGCGAUGGAUGACGAGUUCUUGUCGCAUGGGCAGCAGCAGCUUCUUUGUCUUGCAAGGGCCAUGUUGAAGAAGUCGCGCAUUUUGAUUCUGGAUGAGGUUACGAGCAGCGUCGAUCAAGAGACAGAGGCUCUCAUCACCCGUGUCCUCCGAGACCGAUUCCAAGAUCAGACCGUCAUCUCGAUUGCGCAUAGGCUGAACACGAUUAUGGAUUACGAUACGGUGAUUGUCCUGGAUAAAGGGUGUAUUGUCGAGCAAGGCAACCCACAGGUUCUGGCGUUGCAGCCCUCGAUGUUUGCGAGUCUUCUUCAGUCAAAUGGCGAGGAGGCCGGGGAUGGGGAUGGGCGUGAGUCUGAGUCUGACUCUGAGACUGAAUCUGAAGGGACGAAGGAAUAG